AUGGCGAGAGUGUUUGCGAUCGAACAACUCAACCAGCUACGUGAAAUUUUCACCCGAUUCGACAUGGAUUCCGACGGUUCCCUCACAUACCUAGAACUGGCGGCUCUCCUCCGUUCUCUAGGUCUGAAACAUUCCGGUGACCAGAUCUAUGUACUCUUCAAUAAUAUGGAUUCCAAUGGGAAUGGUGCUGUCGAAUUUGAAGAACUGGUGAGCGCCAUGUCCAUUGAUGUGAAGACCGAAGAAAUUCUUCUCAAUCAAAAACAACUCAUUGAGGCUUUUCAUUCGUUUGAUCGAGAUGGACAUGGAUUCAUCACGCCUGCGCAGCUUGCCAAAUCAAUGGCAAAGAUGGGUCAGCCAUUGACGUAUCGUGAACUCACCGCGAUGAUCGAAGAAGCUGAUGUUGAUGGCGAUGGUGUCAUUAAUUUUAAAGAAUUUUCAAGAAUAAUGGCAAAAUCUGCAGCUGAUAUCUUUGGAGUUCAUGUUUGA